AUGUCGGAUGCCUUCGACGAAUCAUACAUCUUUGAACGGUGCCCGGACUCCCUCUCCACGGCCGCCCUCGAUCGGGCCACAGCGGCAAAGUACCGGCUAGAGAACUUUUACAAGCAGGUUGUCUCGGAAUGCUCGGAGCGCGAGCACAGACGCCUCGAUGUCGAGCAGCGAAUGCAGGCAGAAAACUGGUCUGAGGAGAAGAAAAACCGCAACUUCACCGCCCUCGGCCGAAAAGAGUCCGACUUCCUUCGGCUGCGUCGGGUCCGGCUGAGUGUCAACGAUUUUUUCACCAUCAAAGUUAUCGGACGGGGCGCCUUUGGUGAGGUUCGUCUGGUCCAGAAAGCCGAUAGCGGCAAGGUUUAUGCCAUGAAGACCCUGCGCAAGUCCGAGAUGGUCAAGAAGGAUCAGCUUGCACACGUCCGCGCCGAGCGCGACGUCCUUGCCGAAUCUGUCUACUCCCCUUGGGUUGUCCAACUGUACUACUCAUUCCAAGACCCUUCGUUCCUGUAUCUGAUCAUGGAAUUCCUGCCCGGAGGAGAUUUGAUGACCAUGCUGAUCAAAUACGACACCUUUUCGGAAGAUGUCACGCGGUUCUAUAUGGCCGAGUGUGUUUCCGCCAUCAGCGCCGUCCACGAGCUGGGCUUUAUUCACCGCGACAUCAAGCCCGAUAACUUGCUCAUCGACAAGGACGGUCACAUCAAGCUCUCGGACUUUGGUCUCAGCACCGGCUUCCACAAGACCCACGACUCCUCAUAUUACCAGCGCAUGUUCGACAGCACCAACGCUUCCUCCAAGUUCGAUGGCAUUGGAACGGCCAAGAACAUUGAUCUGACCUUCUCGCGAAAGGACCGAAUCGCCACCUGGAAGAAGAACCGCCGAGCAGUCGCCUACUCUACUGUCGGCACGCCGGACUACAUUGCCCCCGAGGUGUUCCAACAACAGGGCUACGGCAAGGAGUGUGACUGGUGGUCUCUGGGCGCCAUUAUGUUCGAGUGCCUGGUUGGCUAUCCUCCUUUUUGCAGCGAGAACCCUCACGAGACGUACCGCAAGAUCAUCGGCUGGCGGGAGUACUUUUACAUCCCCAACGAUGUUCAUCUGUCCCCGGAGGCCGAGGAUCUCAUCCGAGGCCUCCUCUGCGACGCCCCCUAUCGCUUGAACAUCUCCCAGAUUCAGGCGCAUCCAUUCUUCCGAUCGAUCGAUUGGGCAACCUUGCGACACCAGCGAAGCCCCUUUGUCCCCGCCCUGCGAUCCAUCACCGAUACAUCCUACUUCCCGACUGACGAGCUGGUAGACGUGCCUGAGCAACUCACGUCCGGCCAGACCGUCAACGACCCCAUGGUCUCCAAAGUUGAGGGCGACAAGGACUUGGCAUUUGUCGGCUAUACCUUCAAGCGCUGGGAGACCAUCCGACAGGAGCUAUAG